AUGUUAGGUAUCGUGUUAUUGAGUUGUGUUGCAGUUGUAGCGGGUGGUCGCUCUCCACAUGCUGACUAUAUCGAGAAGUUGAUCAAGACCAAUGCAUUUGGAACUCGUGUUUCAGAUAAUAUUACAGAAGAUGCAACUCUUGAUUUGCCGGAUUUAGUAAGAAAAUAUAACUACCCCUUUGAAGAACACUUUGUGACGACUGAAGAUGGAUAUAUCUUGGGAGUACAUCGAAUUCCCCAUGGACGCUCAUCGAACAAUAUUCCCGGGGAAAGACCAGUCGUCUUUCUCAUGCAUGGAUUAUUGUCAUCAUCAGCUGAACACGUUAUACCAGGACCCGGAUCUGGGCUUGCUUACCUUUUAGCCGAUGAAGGCUAUGACGUCUGGAUGGGCAACGCUCGUGGAACCUACUAUUCACGCAGACAUUUGAAUCUAAAUCCAGACGCUCUCUUUAAUGUUGACUUUUGGCAAUUCUCGUUUGAUGAAAUCGGAAAUAAGGACUUGCCGGCUAUGAUCGACUAUGUUCUUAUGCAUACAGGGAGAUCAGCUUUGCAUUACAUAGGAUUUUCGCAAGGAUCUACAGUUUUCUUUGUUAUGUGCUCUCUUCAGCCACAAUAUAAUGAUAAAAUAAUUUCAAUGCAUGCUUUAGCACCCGUUGCGUACAUGGCUUAUAACAAAAGUCCAAUAUUUUUGGCUUUGGCCCCCUUCUCAAAGGAUAUAGCGAAUAUAGCAUCACAAAUUGGAAUUGGAGAAUUUUUACCCAAUAGAGAGAUUUACACUUGGGCAGGUCAGGCUCUUUGUAUGGAUGGUAUGAUACUCCAGCCUAUCUGCAGCAGUAUUCUUUUCCUCAUAGGUGGAUGGAACGAGGAUCAACAUAAUGCAACUAUGUUACCGGUAGUAUUUGGACAUAUACCUGCAGGAGCGUCAGUUAUGCAGCUUGCCCACUUCGGACAAAGUAUAGCCGACAAAGAGUUCAGACGAUUUGAUUUCGGUACAUUACAAAAUUUAUUAAGAUAUGGCACUGCUAUCCCACCUAGAUAUGACUUAUCUAAGGUUGUAGCACCCGCUUUCUUUCAUUAUUCUGAAAGCGAUCCGCUCGCUGAAGUGGAGGAUGUGUAUAGAUUGUUCCGAGAAUUAGGAAGACCGAUGGAAAAAAUCAGGGUGCCAGAUUCGAACUUUAGUCACCUAGACUUCCUUUGGGGUAUCGAUGCUAAAGAUUUGGUGUAUGAUAGACUAAUAAAUUUAUUAAAAAUGAUGGAUUAAAAAUAUAAGAUAGGUAAUUGAAAAAUAAUAAUAAAC